UGAAAAUGAUAAGAAUGCGUACUGAUAUAAUGAGUUUUUUUUUAUUUGUGUGUUUUUUGGUCUGACAAUCUUUCGUCUCUUUUUAAUUUAAAAUUUUUGCAAAAUUCGCUUUCCAUUUAACCAAAGGAAAUUGCUUUGGAAUCCUCAGCUCUUCGAUUUUCCAAGAGGCGAGAAGCAAAGCUAUCAUUUAAAUUUGAACGAAGAAUCUCAAUAUUUGAGCGCUUGGCCUUUGAGUCUUUGAUCACUCUGCGAAUACGAGCUCUCUCUCUCUCUCUCUCUCUCUCUCUCUCUCUCUCUCUCUCUCUCUCUCUCUGUACGGUCUGUUUUAAUUUUCAUAUUUUAGUUUUCGUUCUCCAAUAUUGAUAGUUGAAAAGAAGAUGCGUAGUACAUGCGCGGUUUAUCUGAGAAGAAGAGAGAAACGUCAGAGGUGUUGGCGGCAAUCCAUAUAUUACAUGCUCUAUAAAAGAGCAGAAUUUAGUGCUGCUAAUUUCAGAAGGAGAAUCGCUUUCAUCGACGCACGAGAGACCUGGUACUUUGAAUUCGUAUUUUGAUAUCGACGACAAGCACUUGGUUAUAUUGCGCACAUCGAGUCAGUCAUCAUGUCUAAAUUUCUACGACAUUUCUUCACUUUACUCCUCAUCAUUUUCUGCAUCGCUCACUUAACCGUUGCUCAGGUGACGUUUUCAAAAGGAUGGGGUCCAGGAAAGCGAGCCGCCUUGUAUGAUAGCGAGUGCAGGAUAAAUCCAAAGUCCUUGGCCUUAAUGUUUCACACGAUAAUGGCCGAAGUUAAAUAUUUAAUGGCAUGCGAUCAUCAAGCCACAAUUAAUUACUUGCAGACCGUCGAACAUUAGAAGUCUUCGACAUCGUGAAGCGACAGAUAAUUAUGUUAUUAUGUGUUAUUAGCAGUAUUACUGUAGUCCAAACUAAAUAAGUAAUAAAUCAAUAUAGCGAAGGCUUCACGUUUUACCAUCGAUGUGAUUAUUGCAACGAAAAAUAUAAUUUAUUGUCAUUCAAGGAUAAAUAAAAAGAAAUGUUCUUACGUAAAUAAAAAUUAUAAAUAAUAAUACGUUAAGCAGCGAUAUUACAUUAUAGAGGGAAGAUAUUUAAUGAAUUUAAUAAUUUUUGAACAUUUAUUUUUCAUCAAUUUUUCAUCAUUA